AUGGCACUGCCUGCGUGUGCAGCCCGGGGGCUCGGGCGGCCGCUGCAACCGGAGCAAGGAGCGCCCGCCCGCACCACCUGUCCCCGCCAGCAUUCCAGAGUAGAGGCCGAACUGGCAGCCAGCCGGUCCGGGUCGGUCGCCGCCUCAGUCUGCGCGAGCCCUCCUAGGGGUGUGUCUCACGGAUUCAACUGCCGGCCGUUCCUGGACGAGCCCCUCCGAGCGUCUUCUUCCCUGGCGGGAGCUGUGCGCGCCCCGCUUUUCGCGCUGCUGUCCCGAGGCCGCCGCAAGCGGAUGCACGACCUCAGGAGACGCUGGGACCUGGGCUCCCUCUGCCGGGCCCUGCUCACUCGGGGCCUGGCCGCCCUGGGCCACUCGCUGAAGCACGUGCUCGGUGCGAUCUUCUCCAAGAUUUUCGGUCCCCUGGCCAGCGUCGGGAACAUGGAUGAGAAAUCCAACAAGCUGCUGCUGGCUUUGGUGAUGCUCUUCCUCUUUGCCGUGAUCGUCCUCCAAUACGUGUGCCCAGGCACAGAAUGCCAGCUCCUCCGCCUGCAGGCAUUCAGUUCCCCGGUGCCGGACCCGUACCGCUCGGAGGAUGAGAGCUCCGCCAGAUUCGUGCCCCGCUACAAUUUCAGCCGCGGCGACCUCUUGCGCAAGGUAGACUUCGACAUCAAGGGCGAUGACUUGAUCGUGUUCCUGCACAUCCAGAAGACCGGGGGCACCACUUUCGGCCGCCACCUGGUGCGCAACAUCCAGCUGGAGCAACCGUGUGAGUGCCGCGUGGGUCAGAAGAAAUGCACUUGCCACCGACCGGGUAAGCGGGAGACCUGGCUCUUCUCCAGGUUCUCCACUGGCUGGAGCUGCGGGCUGCACGCCGACUGGACUGAGCUCACUAGCUGCGUGCCUGCGGUGGUGGAUGGCAAGCGCGACGCCAAGCUAAGACCUGCCAGGUGGAGGAUUUUUCAGAUUCUAGAUGCAGCGAGUAAUGAUAGACGGGGUUCUGCAAACACUAAUUCAGGCAUCAACUCUCCAUCAUCCACAAAGGCCCAGAAUGCAUCGAAGAGUGGGAAGAACUUCCACUACAUCACCAUCCUCCGAGACCCGGUGUCCCGGUACCUGAGUGAGUGGAGGCAUGUCCAGAGAGGUGCGACCUGGAAAGCGUCCCUGCACGUGUGCGACGGGAGGCCCCCGACGUCGGAAGAGCUGCCCAGCUGCUACACUGGUGACGACUGGUCUGGCUGUCCUCUCAAGGAAUUCAUGGACUGUCCUUAUAAUCUUGCCAACAACCGCCAAGUGCGCAUGCUCUCCGAUUUGACUCUUGUCGGCUGCUACAACCUCUCUGUCAUGCCCGAAAAGCAAAGAAACAAGGUCCUUCUGGAAAGUGCCAAAACAAAUCUGAAGCACAUGGCGUUUUUUGGCCUCACGGAGUUUCAGCGGAAGACCCAGUAUCUGUUUGAGAAGACCUUCAACAUGAACUUUAUCUCGCCGUUUACCCAGUAUAAUACCACUAGGGCGUCUAGCGUAGAGAUCAAUGAGGAAAUCCAAAAGCGUAUCGAGGGACUGAAUUUUCUGGAUAUGGAAUUGUACAGCUAUGCCAAAGAUCUCUUUCUGCAAAGGUAUCAGUUCAUGAGGCAGAAAGAGCAUCAGGAGGCCAGGCGGAAGCGUCAGGAGCAGCGCAAAUUCCUGAAGGGAAGGUUCCUUCAGACCCAUUUUCAGAGCCACAAUCAGGGGCAGAGCCAGACUCCAAGUCAGAACGUGAGUCGGUAUGCGAAUGUGAAUGGCAGCCAGAGUCUGAUGCACACUCUGAUGCAGAAUGUGACUCAGAGCUCGAGGCAGAAGGAGGCCCGGGACAGCUCGAGGCAGAAGGAGGCCCGGGACAGCCCGAGGCAGACAGCAGGGCAGGGCCAGAACGACAGUGGCAGCUCCAGCAACGGCACCAACGACUACAUAGGAAGUGUAGAGAAAUGGCGUUAG